AUGGCGGCCAUUAUCCAAUGUAGAAAAAUCCACCGAGUCUUCUCUCCAUUAAUAAAUUAUUCAAGACCUUUAAACCAACCAAUGACAGCAACCAACUACUGUACAGCAACUGAACCAGUAGUACAGACUACUACGCCAAAAUUUGAUAUUAGUGUAGAUCAGUUGGGUACAAUAUACAGUGUCGGAUACUCUGAUCUUAAAAAAUAUUCAUUACACAAUCACUUACCAACAACACUCAAGAAAAAAGUGGAAGCUGUUGGUAAGGUCUCAUGGUUGCUAAGAGACCCGUCCUGGUACGUACUCUAUCAUUUAAAGAACAAAAGUGGAAAGAGGUUUCUAUUCUAUGGUCCUGAUGAUUGUGGUAAAA